CACCAAGACAACGACAACAAGACAAGAUGGACUCGCUUCCCGUAAAUAACAAGACAGCUGGUGAGCCAGAAAGUACAUAUAACAAUACACUUGAAGCUGGUGCUGCCAUGACUCAGAAUUUCGCUCCAGUCAAGAGGAUAUGUGCGCAUCUCAACGCGUUCCAUGCAUAUGCCCAUGACCCAAAGCGGGAUGCAGUCGAAGCAAACCACUACUGUGCUCACCUGAACGAUGAAGUCCGCCAAUGUAUCCUCUACGACUCCCCUGAAAAAGUCGCACGAAUCAUUGGUAUCGAAUACAUGAUCUCCCCCAAGCUUUACGAGACACUCGAUGCCGAAGAGCAAAAGCUCUGGCAUUCGCACGUCUUCGAAGUGAAAUCCGGAAUGCUAAUCAUGCCGCGACCAACAGGCGUCCCAGAGGCCGCGUGGGAAGUAGCUGAGAACAAAGAGAUGGAAGAGGUUGUCGAGCUGUACGGCAAAAUCUACCAUCUCUGGCAGACUGACCGGGGCGACAAACUGCCAUUGGGCCCACCCCAGUUGAUGACGAGUUAUACGGCGGCAGAUCAGAUGCCGGAUUUCGAAAAGCGGGUAAAGGAAAGGGAUCAGAGAUUUGGCAGUGAUUACCAGAGGAAGAAGGGAGUCAGAGAGUAUAUCGAGGUGCCCAAGAUCCACGAGAAUGCUGACGCGACGUGGGCAAAGGGGGGUAUCGGACACUAAGUAGGGUGGUGGGAGAAGACAGUAGAGCGCGCGACAGCAGAGUAUGGGCUGCUCUUGAAUAUCAUCUCUUUAUGACCCGGUCGUGUUCUGCACCACCUCAAUACCCGCUGGAUCUUUCUUCUCACGUCCCAUUAAUCUACCC